AUAUCCAUGGUGAGAAGCAUCUCUGUGUCUGUGGAGCAUUAGCAAACCUUUGCGGUAGACACUACAAGAAGCGACUCAAUCCUACAGGGAAGCACCAAAAGGAAGUUGCUUGGUACCAGGCAGUUCAUCCAAAAAGGGGUGACACAGUUUACGGGAAGGCCGGCUUCACAUUAUCGGACAGAGACAUGGAACUACGAAAGUUAGACGAGCAUGACCAGAUGACUGCUGCUUUGCAAUUUGUCCAGAACAGCGGAAAGGCGCACCGAAAAAGUCUGGAACUGAGUGCUCUCAAAGAAUCCAGGACAGAUCCAACCAAGAAUCUGCAAGUUACUUUCGAUCAGCUUGAAGUCCGAGCUGGUCCACCCGCAACAGAUGCUGGUGGACCCCCCCUACCGCCACCACAGCAUUCAACUAAGAACUUCUACGGCUUCCUAGAUGCCGCCGACAACAGGUACAAGGCUUCCAGCAUUGACAAAGCUACCGAAUACUUUAAGAUGGGUUUGGCAAUGGACCGCAAGUUCGAUAAUGAACAAGAGCGUGAACUGUGGGUGGCAAGCGGCGCGGCUCUCCAACGAUGGAAGAAACAGAACUCCCCCAGCGCAGCUCCAGGAAACACAACUAAGUCUCCACUUGGAGCCACCACUCCCAAACGAGGCAACCUCGCCGGAUCGGGAUCCGUUCUACUGGAAACUGACGAUGUGAUUUCGCUUAGUGAAUGUUAG